AUGGCCGAGUCCAAGAAAAAUGCUCCAUCUUCUGAAAUGGAGAAAACCAGCUUAACCCCACCAAGCCUCAACUUCCCUGCUGUGAAAUUUGAAUUGGAUGGUGAUGUUGAGGUUCAGUCCCCAGACAGUUCCCUGUGGGAAACUUUUUUCUCCGAUCAUUUCGAUUCCGAUUUCAUGGUCUCGUCUCCGGUGAGGAACUUUCCGUCUCCACAAGUGUCGAACUACAACUUCAAUAGUGUUAUGGGAAUGCAAGGGCAGAGUAUCUUAGGGUGUUCUCCGCCUCGGUUUUUGUCUCAGUUCGGGUCAUAUAGCAGCAGCAGCAGCAAGGGGAAAGGGCAGAGCCCACUGCAUAGAGUGUUUAACUCGUCUAACGAUCAGUUCAUGCAGGUUGAAAGCCUUUCACUGCCUGCCAUCGAAGAAUUCUUGGAUGAUUAUCGAAAGGAUGGUUAUGAAGAUCAGAACCAAACAAGCAGGAUUUCGGGUAUUGGAACUUCAAAUAACAUGUUUGAAAUGCCUACUACUGUUCCAUCGAUGUUGGACUGCAUCUCCAUGGUAAAUUCUUCAACGUUUUCUGGGUCGGUGAGUGAAACGAUAUCGUCUCAGUUGAACCAGGAGCAACACUAUCAGGUAAGUGCCGUCUCAAGGGCACCAUUAUCCCAACAACUGCAACAAGAGAAGCAGCAAGAGAAGCGAAUAUCAGUAUCACCUGAACAACAGCAGAACCAGAACCUUGGCCAUACCUUGAUGGUUCCCAUCCCUGUUGGCCCUGAGCAGGAGCAAGAUAGUGGACUUCAGUUGGUUCACCUGCUGCUUGCAUGUGCUGAAGCAGUAGCCAAAGAGGAUUACUUGUUAGCAAGAAAAUAUAUACAUCACCUCAACCGAGUGGUAACUCUUCUCGGGGACUCCAUGCAAAGAGUUGCCUCUUGCUUCACUGAAGCCCUAAGUGCAAGGCUCGCCGCCACCAUAACCACCAAUCCCAGCACCUCUGGUGCUCCGAAACCGUACCCUCCUUUCCCAUCAAACUCCUUGGAAAUCCUCAAGAUUUACCAAAUUGUUUACCAAGCAUGUCCCUACGUAAAGUUUGCACAUUUCACUGCUAAUCAAGCCAUCUUCGAGGCAUUUGAAGCUGAAGAACGUGUUCAUAUGAUUGACUUAGAUAUCCUCCAAGGCUAUCAGUGGCCGGCUUUCAUGCAAGCCUUAGCUGCUCGACCGAGCGGAGCUCCAUUUCUAAGGAUAACUGGAGUCGGGACCUCUAUGGAAGCCAUUAAAGAGACGGGGAGAUGCUUGACUGAACUAGCUCACUCGCUCCACAUUCCGUUCGAGUUCCACCCGAUUGGGGAGAAACUUGAAGACAUAAAGCCCCAUAUGUUCAACAGGAGAGUCGGUGAGGCUCUCGCCGUGAACGCUGUUAACACGCUCCACCGAGUCCCCGGGAGCUGCCUCGGGAACCUACUGGCAAUGAUCCGUAACCAAGCGCCUAACAUAGUAACUCUCGUUGAACAAGAAGCAAGCCAUAAUGGACCUUACUUCUUAGGCCGUUUCCUGGAGGCAUUGCACUAUUAUUCAGCCAUAUUUGACUCACUGGACGCCACUUUCCCACCAGAUUCCGCGCAGAGAGCCAAAGUAGAGCAGUAUAUAUUUGCGCCGGAGAUAAGAAACAUAGUGGCGUGUGAAGGGAGUGAGAGAAUAGAAAGGCACGAGAGGCUGGAGAAAUGGAGGAAAUUAAUGGAAGGAAAAGGGUUCCAAGGGGUGCCCUUAAGUGCAAAUGCAGUAACUCAAUCCAAGAUCUUGCUGGGUUUAUAUUCUUGUGAUGGUUAUCGACUCACUGAAGAUAAAGGCUGCUUGCUCUUGGGGUGGCAAGAUAGAGCUAUUCUUGCAGCUUCUUCUUGGCGAUGUUGAAUCAACUUCUUCCCUUCCCUUCCCUUGUUUCAAAUCACAGCACAUGUAUGUUUC